UAAGGGAGGGGGGAAGGGUUGGAAGGAGGAAAAAAAAAAAGAAGAAUUACCAGUAGCUCUAGUUCUGCCAUCUCUUUCCCCUUGCACACUCCACACACCUUUACCUGCACAGACUUGAAAGUCCAGUUCCACCAGGGGAGCCUGGAGAAGAUAAAGAGAGAGUUCAUUGGAUCAAACAUGUCACAAGAGACGGACAAUAAACGACUUGUGGUCUUGGUUCCAAAUGACGCUGUGUUUAACCCUCGCCGUGCCUACACCAGUGAAGAUGAGGCCUGGAAAUCAUACCUGGAGAAUCCCUUAACGGCCGCAACAAAGGCAAUGAUGAGUAUAAAUGGGGAUGAGGAAAGUGCAGCGGCCAUUGGACUAUUGUAUGAUUAUUACAAGGUUCCAAGAGAGAAAAGGUUGUUAUCGUUAAAUAAAAUAAACGAAGGCCAUGAAGAUCAGGAUAAAAGAAAUUGCCUUCCAGCCAAUGAAACACCAAGCAACUUGAGCACAGGAGAAAAUCGUGUGCAAGUUCUGAAAACGGUUCCUGUCAACCUGUCGCUCAACAAUGAUACUGUUGAGAGUUCCAACAGAGAGAAAUACACCACCAGCCUGUCUGAAAGCCCCCAGCCGGCUCCUGCGUCGGCGGUCACCGUGGUGAAAGCAGAGGAGUUCACACCAGUGUUUAUGGCCCCUUCAGUGCCUUAUAGAAGCGACGGAGAAGAACCCCGAGGGGUAAUCUUUGAGCAGACUCACUUUGGAGUACAUAGUAUUACUACUCAUUCGGACUACCUCAAGGAUGACCAGCGCAGCACUCCGGACAGCACUUACAAUGAAAGUUUUAAAGAAACCACUGAGAAAUACCGGACCCCUUCAGUAGGAACAGAGGAAUUUCUUUAUGAACAAACUGCAAGCAGCACCUUUCAGUAUACAUUAGAAGCCACAAAAUCUCUGCGCCAGAAGCAAGGAGAGGGGCCAAUGACCUAUUUAAACAAAGGACAAUUUUAUGCCAUCACUCUGAGCGAAACUGGAGCCAACAAGUGUUUCCGACAUCCCAUCAGCAAAGUCAGGAGUGUAAUUAUGGUCGUAUUCAGUGAAGAUAAAAACCGAGACGAACAGUUAAAAUAUUGGAAAUACUGGCACUCGCGACAGCAUACAGCAAAGCAGCGGGUUCUGGACAUUGCUGACUACAAAGAAAGCUUUAACACUAUAGGCAAUAUUGAAGAAAUUGCUUACAAUGCGGUGUCUUUCACAUGGGAUGUCAAUGAAGAAGCCAAGAUUUUCAUCACCGUCAAUUGCCUGAGUACUGAUUUUUCCUCGCAGAAAGGGGUCAAAGGGCUGCCUCUUAUGAUUCAGAUUGACACAUACAGUUACAAUAACCGCAGCAACAAGCCAAUCCACCGGGCAUACUGCCAGAUCAAGGUCUUUUGUGACAAGGGAGCGGAAAGAAAAAUCCGUGACGAGGAACGUAAACAGAACAGAAAGAAAGGCAAGAGCCAGGCGGCACAGGCUCAGUGCAACAAUUCCGACGGCAAGUUAUCAGCAGUGCCCUUGCAGAAGAAAAGUGACAUUACCUUCUUCAAAACAAUGACCGACUUGGAUGUGCAGCCUGUUCUCUUUAUUCCUGAUGUCCACUUUGGGAACCUUCAAAGGACCGGCCAGGUUUUCUACAACACCGAUGAUGACAUUGAAGGUGGCGUCUUGGUGAAACGGUUGCUUCGCCCUGUGGAUGAAGACUAUGGCCCUCCUGCACCCAAGCAAAUGAAAGAAGGAAGCAGGAAAGUGCUUCUAUACGUAAGGAAAGAAACUGAUGAAGUAUUCGACGCCUUGAUGCUGAAGUACCCAACUGUUAAAGGGCUCCUCGAGGCUAUAUCUGAAAAAUAUGGGAUCCCCGUGGAAAAGAUUGUGAAGAUUUAUAAGAAGAGCAAAAAAGGGAUCUUGGUCAAUAUGGAUGACAACAUCAUUGAACACUACUCCAAUGAGGACACAUUCAUUCUAAAUGUGGAAAGCUUGGCGGAACAAGGCUACAAGAUCACCCUGACAGAAAUCUAAAGCAAGGACAGACGUUAUCCUUGAUGGAAAGACACCCCCAGCUCUUAGCCAAGACUUUGCUCAGUACUAAGUGGAUAUACUCCAGAGAUUUGGAGUAGAAUAAAGGAGUGGAAGACUGGAUAAAACUAACUGAAUUUAUUUAUUUUCGUAUCCCUCACUUAUUAAGUGAUUUCGUUGAAGCGCCAGCCUACUGGUGUUUGAGAUUACCAAGCAAAAUAUAUAUAUUGUUUAUAUUCUGCUAUGUAAUGAUGUUUGCAGCGAGAUCAUCCGGAUGCUUCCCACUGUUGUCAAUGGUGAUACAAUGGACAGUUCAUCUUGGGAGAAGAACCUACAGGACAUGAGCUGCACUCUCUGGUUUUGUUUAACCAUUUAAUGUUACCAAACUCCGAUCCACUCAAGCAAUGAUUCUAUGGAACUUGUAUCAAAGGAGCCCCAAUCCCUUGUGGUUCUGUGGAGAGGCCACAGAAUGCUUGAAAUUAGCCAACGCCUAAAACUUUUGUAAAUAAUUUCCUAUUAUGUCAUGUGGCUUCAAAGCAGUUGUACAGAUUAUUUCAUUUUAAAGGUAUUUUUGUAAGUAAUCCUGAAAAAGUAGAUGUUUUAAAGAUGUACAAAUUUUUUUGUAACGUGCAAUAUUUUGUUUUUACAUUUUGUGGUGUUUACUGCCCCCCAUGGUGUUGUAAUUUUUUUUAAAUAUAUAUAUAUAUACUUCAACAAAUCCAAGGGAAAGUACAUUUCUAGUUAGCUGUGUGGGCGAGCUAGAUGAACAUGUAUUAAACUGAAUAUUUGUGUUUAUAGUGA